AUGGAACCCAUUUCCUUUACCAUCGGCACGGCUAUCGGCCUAGCUGGCCUAUACAGCGUGUGCCUGCAAGCGAUGGAGCAAGUCAGCGACGGGAAGAACUUCGCCGAGGAUUCACAAAUGCUAUACGCCCUCCCUGAAACUGAGAGAUACCUUUUCCAGGUAUGGGGCAAGAGAGUCGGUAUUGAGAAACAGUCGGACUUUCAUCGAUGUCUAGACCCAAAAUCGCCCAAAUACCCGAGGGUUCGGGGUAUCCUUAAAAGUCUUGAGACAAUCCUGAGUAAUGGGGACGGUCUUUUUAAGAAGUAUGGACUGGUCAGCAAGGAGCAUAUAUCGAUCGGGCGGAAGUAUGUGUGGGCGGUAAGUGAUAAAAAGAAGUUCGAUCACUUGGUGAAGGACAUUGGUGCACUGGUCGAAAAGCUAUCCACUGUAGCCUCCCUUGAGGACGACCCCCAAUUUAAUCCGGCUGAGAUAAAUCAGAGCCUUGCUAAUUUGACAGCCGCUCUCAGCGAAGCGGAUCGUGAAAGGGCGGAAGAAACGAUCGAGCAGCAGAAACACCGCUUGAAGGUGGAGAACUUAUUGAAAAAGAAUGAUAAGGCCUUGAAGUGGAUUGGCGCAAUCUCGACGGAAAAAGAGUACGAUGAAGCGAAGCGGGAGAGGUCGCCUGGGACCUGCGACUGGAUCUUCUCGAACACAAAAUUCACGAGUUGGCUGUGUCCUGAAAGCGGCAUCAACACAUCAAAUAUCUUAUGGAUACACGGUGGGGCCGGGAUGGGCAAGACAUUUAUAUCCGCAAGGAUCACCGAGUAUUUACAACAUGAGUUUUCCCGCCCAACGGCCUUCUUUUUUUGCACUCAUUCAAAUGCCGAGAAGAACCAGACAAUAUCAAUAAUUCGGUCCUGGAUUUUCCAGUUAGCCAAGCAAAGUCCUCAAGCCCUUGAAAUCGUCCGCAAGGUCGAAUCCUUCCACACUGAGGCGGUUACCACUGUCCUAUGGGAAACCUUUGAGGCAGUAUUAAAGAAUAUAAACUCUUAUCUUGUUUUGGAUGGGCUUGAUGAAUGUCUUGACUUCGACCCUACCUCAAGGAGUCGAAGGAGUGGUGAGAUGAAGAUCUUUAUCGAAAGAUUGACUAAUUCAAUACCCUCAACUGGUGUGAAGCUUCUCAUAAUGAGCCGUGACGUGGUUGCCAUAAGGUCAAUGCUCGAACCGUUGCGGAGUUUAAACCCUCGCGUUGCCACCACGGCGGCAUUUGAAGAAUAUCAAAUCAAUAGCGAAGAUAACGAGGCUGAUAUUAAAUCUUUUGCGGGUAAUCUCUCUGAGACUCUUGGGUUCCGCGACAAGGAUAAAGAGGCAAUAUGUGACAAACUAUCCGAGCGCUGUGGGGGAAUGUUUCUAUGGGCCCGACUUGGCGGCGAAAGGUUGCAGGCGGGGAUGGGGUCCAAGAGGUUGGAGACGUACCAAGACCAGGCGAUUGCAAUCUUUCGUCUGGUGCUAUUCUCGCUGCAGCCUCUUUCUGUCGAGGAAUUGCUUCAUGCCCUUGAAAUCAACGAUCACCAACAGGAUGUGGAUGGGAAAACAAGAGGCUUUCAGGAGGAGGCCAUUCCUGCCAUCGGCACGCAUGUAGCCGUGAAGUUGGUCGCACUUCUGGAGAACUGCGGUUCACUUCUCGAAAUUCGAAAAACCGAAUCCCUUUCUCAAGGCGAUUGGAAGGUUCAGUUCAUCCAUUUCUCCGCCAAGGAAUACUUACUCAAUCUACAGAGCGAAAGCCUUCUGCAAUUCUCUUUUUCGCACCGGGAGGAGAAUCAUGCUGCUUUGACCAAUACGUGCCUUCUAUACCUGAUAAUAGCAUGUGUAGACUGCGAGCGAAGGGCUCGAUAUUCUUCGCCCCUUGAAAGAGACAAUGAGAUGGAAGUCCACGAACGGAAGUGGGGCUUCUAUAGUUAUGCCCGCCGUCAUUGGGGUAGGCAUUUCCGGCUAUGCGGGAAUGAGGUUCUGCCAAGUUAUGCAAUGCGACGGAAAAUCUUUCUUGAUAGCAGCCCUACUUUUGAUAGCUGGAAAUUGUCUCUGACGUGGAACUCUUCGCCGCUAAGGGGUCUUCGCCAGCGUUCAGACCAAGAAGCGAUAAUUGAGUGGACUGUGGGCUCCGUUGACAAUGUUUCUUCCUGGUAUUCUCGGGUUCUGGUCAGUUGCAUGUGUGGAAUGUUGGAUAUCCUGCGAGAGCUCUUGGCAGAAGCCAAAGAAAGAACACCUCCAGAUGCUUUACCAAUGGCCGUAUAUUGCGGGCAGGCGGCCGUGGUGGAGAUGCUCAUACAAAGAGAUGAUGUUGACGUGAAUUAUCGCCUAAAAGCAGAGGAUACGUUGCUCUUCCGCGCUCAUGAAUCGGGGUGGAAAGAUAUCACCCGGCUGCUGCUUGGACGACCCGAACUACGGGUGAACGAGAACUUCAAUCCGGUUGGCCGGGGCUUUGAAAGUUGGUACAGUUUGCUCGGUGGCCCGCAGCCAGUGUUGUUUUACGCACUGGAUGUGAACGACGAAGCUUUCGUACGCCAGCUACUGGAGAGAGACGAUUUGGACCUCAACUGCAUCGGAACAGAUUCCUCCGGUGAUGAUAUGACACCGCUCAGUUUCACGAUUACCCAGAGAAAGCUACGUCCAUUCAAGCUUUUACUCGCCAGAAAGGGUGUAGAUGUCAACCUUGCACCCGGUGAUAACGGGCGAACGCCGUUACAUAUUGCGCUAGGACAGAGCUUGGGCGAGUUCAUUCAGCUGCUGCUCGCGAGAGACGACAUACUGGUAAACAAAUCCGAUGACAGAGGAAGAACACCACUCGAUAUGGUAGACCGGUGGCCGAAUUCGAAGGAAUUCCAAUGGGUUCGUGUCAAGGGUGGGAAGCGAGCCCGGGAAAUCGCACUCGAAGCAAAAACCAGCACUGGCUCUACUCGAUCUCCCCCCCCGCCCCGCCUCUCAUUCCCGGCCUCCAGUACCCAUAUACAACGAGAUGCCACCAGUGCUCCCGGAGAGGAUGGUCUUUCGUUGAUCGCUGCCGGCGGCUCAAGCCCAGAAGCAUGCGUUACUUAUCAUCAGGAUUCCCUCGCCAACGAGCCGGCUUUACCCGCUCCCCCGCCACACCCUGCAGGUCCUGCAUUCUCGAGAUCCCCAGCAGGUUGCGGACCCGAUCCGCUGGGGAGUAUCACGAACGAGCAAGACAGCAAUGACGAAAAGAGAGGGGUGCUCGAGCCGUCACAAUUCCAAGAUACUAUACUUGUUGAGCCGGCCCGCUACUAUUACCGCAGCAAAUCCCGUCGUCCUAGGAUUCACCGUUAUUUUUUGAAUACCCCGCCGUCGGAAUGGAACAUAACCGAUUUCCUCGAUCAGCAGUCGCAGAGGAAAGACAAGCCUUAUGACCACAAUAAGGCGGUCGGCAGCUGGGCCACAUCGCUCUCACAUCUUUCCAAGGAUGAAGAUCCCGAAAGGGCGUCUUGCGCAAAGCAGAAAUCCGAGAGAUUCUAUCUCAAUAACUGCCGAGGGCAGCUAUCAGAUCGAAUGAUUGCGCAGAACUGGCACGACAGAAUGAGCAAGAACAAGAGGAAGAGGGAGUCGCAGCAGCCUCCGGGGGUGCCGGUGCCCGCGAGGCAGAAGAUCCAGAAUACCUUCAACAUGCAUGGGGCGACAAAUAACGUGCUUGGGGCAGUAACUGCGGGGGUGGUGAACAACGGAUCUGGAGGCCCAAUCCCAGACGCAAACCUGAACCGCGAAUCUCACCCCCUGGGCCCUACUAGUGAGAACGUGGGUGGCUCCAGUCCUUCUAGCACCGCCAGCGACCCGGAAGAAGGCCACGAAAACAUUCACCUCCGGGAAACUCUCCGGAGCCUCGACCAUUUUUACAGCAACAUGGUCGACAAGUUUGCCCUGUCUGACGACCGAUUUCUCGAAGAUAUCCUGUAUAAGCAUGCUAUUGCGCUGGACGAGUUGAGCCCUGCGCACUUCUUCAUUGUCGACGAUGAACUUCUCGAAAGGAUCUUGAAAACACCGGAGGAGAAGCAGGAGGUGUUGCGCGGGGUGGUGCGGUUCCCGUCGUUCCCGAAGAACUUGCGCAAAAGUAUGAUGCGGUACCGGGGCACAAGAACGACUGCUCAGUGUCGGGCUAUUGCGCGGGAUAGUCCCGAUGAUCAGGAUAUCCAAUGGAUUGACGAUGUUUUUAGACAUGUCGUCGAGUUGAUCACAAAUUCGGGUAACAUCCUGUCCUACGACGGCCUCAACGAAGGGGUAUGGGACUCCCUCGUCUACCCUCCCUUGUGGGACAAAUACCUCGCCAGCAUUCACACCAUGGUUCUGCAGCGUAAGGAAAUACCGCUCGUUGCACUUGCGCCAUACGCGUACCUCCCCGGGCGCCCAUCCCACUAUGACGGCGUAGUCCAAUCCCGCGCACUGCGCGGUGGCAAACGGCGCGGCGAUCGCUACGAGUUUGCGGUCUUCGAGGUCACGCGCAGCAGCUCUGACACAAAGAAACUGAGUGCAGACCGCGAGAAGCUGAUUGCAGGGUGCCGAGCUAUGCUUUGCAGUCUGAUGGAGCUGGUCGAGUAUGAUGCGGAGGCUAUUGCGAAGCUCGUGGUUGUGGGUGUGUUACAGGGUGGGCUCGGAACGCGUCUCUUGACAAUGUCGUGUAUCGGCCGGAACGUGUUUUAUCUCCGCGAGGGUGAAUGCCGGUACCUGCCGGUAGAUGUGAAGAAUCUAACAGCGCUGUAUGAUGUUGUUCUUGAUGUCUGGAAGGCAAAAUGGGCGAUUCAGAACACAGAGACGGCGAUUGAGGAGUUUUUUGAGAAGAAACAGUUGCAAGAGGAGGAGGAUAGGGAGAGAAGGUGGUUGGAGGGGGAGAGGGAAAGGGACACGGAGGAGGACGAGGAGGAAGAGGAAGACGGUGUGCAAGGGGAAUGCGGUUAA